CUUCACUCCAGAGAGCGCCAAUGACGUUUCGGCAGCUGUCGUCAUGUUAGGUCGUACGCAGACACAGUUUGCAGUGAGGAGCGGCGGUCAUAUGCCUGUUAAAGGGGCUGCGGGAACCAAUGAGGGCGUCUUAAUCGCUAUGACGAAGAUGAAUUCGAUGACCUUGUCUGCUGAUGGCAGUAUCGCAAGCAUAGGACCGGGCCUAAGAUGGGACGAUGUUUAUAACUGGAUUGUUGACAAAGGCCGCAUUGUGCUAGGCGGUCGCUAUGCUUCAGUGGGAGUUUCAGGUGUACUACUCGGCGGCGGCUUAAGCCACUUCAGCGGAACGUACGGUUGGGCGGCCAAUAACGUGGCGAACUUCGAAGUUGUUCUAGCUAACGGAACCAUUGUAAAUGCCAACUCCACAAGUAACCCAGACCUGUUCUGGGCACUGAAGGGAAGCUCCAGCAACUACGGUAUCGUCACACGUUUUGACCUCAAAACAUAUCCCUCAUCCUUGGUAUAUGCGGGUACUAUCUCCUACAAUGAAAAUAAGGUCGCAGAUUUCUUGCAAGCAUUUGAAAACUGGCUAGGUCCAGGCGGAGGCAUACAUGAUAAUGGUGCUGCCAUUGUUCCGGCUCUAUUCAUUUACCCCGAGCAACAGAGUGUACAAGGCAACAUCGCAGUUUUGCAAAACAACUACACCCUUAACCAAACAGUGCCGAAGUCUUUGCAAGGAUUUGUCAAUAUAUCAACUUCAAGCACCGCGCAUGUAAGGACAUAUCCUGAUUUUCUCACGGAGAGUCUCAUAUAUGGUAACGACAGCAUGAGGAAUACGUUCUAUUGCACAUCGCUGCUUGCGACAACCGAAGCCGUUCGACUUAUAAAUCAAACCGUUACCCCGCUAGCUCUUUCAAUGCUAAAAGGCGUACGAAACAGCUUCGUAGGGCUUUCCAUGCAGCCUAUCACUCAAUCUCAUCUGAAAGCAGCAAGAAACGCGGGCGGAGACGCAAUCGACUUAGACCCUAACGAUGGUGACUUCAUAGCCUUCAAUAUUGCCACAGAACAUUCAGACGUGGAAGAUGACAUAACAGUUACCGCAUUCAAUACCGCAGCCCUCCGCGCUCUCGAUACUGCGACAAAAGCCGCAAAUAUAUAUUAUCCUUUUCUGUUUCUAAAUGAUGCUGGAGCAGGCGAGCAAGUGUUCCCCUUGUAUGGCAAAGGAAAUAGUUUAACUCGGAUGAAGUCAAUUCGAGGAACAUAUGAUCCUAGUGGGAUAUUUCAGGAUUUGAUGCCCGGUGGUUUUAAACUGGGAGCGUGAUCUGUAUGCCUUUUCUUCCCAUCUUACGUACCCAGCACUCAGCUUAGCUCAGAUUCCCAAUGUAACCGAGAACCCAUCUCCUUUUCUCCUCAUUUCUUAACCGUGGUUUCUUCGGGUUGGUCAAAGAUGGUAAUUUCCGGGUAGGAUAGACAUUAGAUAUAAAGAACCAAAGGGAAGAUAUAGACAAUCUUGAUUUUUCUCUUCUCUUUUUAGCUACCUACGUAUACUACUUCUAUAGAUACUAUUCAAACUGAGAUGGACGCUGGACUUGUGAUGUCUUAUCCGUCUAUUAGCUCCC